UGUUGCUCUCGUGCCCCGCUACGUCUUCUCUGGUCUCCUCGGUUAGCCGAAGAUCAACGCCUUUGCGUCCCAGCCAUGGACGGCGACAAUAUAAUAAUGCCCAUUUAACUCGAGGACAUUUUCCAAGAUGCCAGGCCUUUUGUCCAGUCCUGUGUGUCUGACAGUCAUCUGGUUUUUAUCUUGGUCGCUGCGUUCCUGUUCCAGUGCUCAGAUUUGGACUGAUGAAGUGUCAGACGUACAGUAUGGGCGCUUGGAAUCCAAUGUGACGCUGGCUUGUGGGAAGUCACAAAUCAGGACACCGGUUGUAUGGUACCACAACCGCAGCGCAGUGUUGCCACGGCACCAAGUGACAUCAGAUGGAAGGUUAGUCCUGCUGCAUGCCGACCAGUCGGCGCAGGGCAACUACAGCUGCUACAACGACAGUGGGCUCCUCCUCCAUUCCGUCAAACUCAGGCUGGGCCAUCCCCCUGGGCUGCUGAGCAUUUCCUGUCAAGUGCCCAAUCACUCAUUCGUUCGCUGCUCCUGGGAGGAACAUGUAAAGACUUUCCUGCCGGCCAAAUACAACGCCUCCUUCAAGGGAACUGGUCUUGAGUGGAGGCCGUGCAUCGUGAACGUCGCCAUCAAGCAUUGUGAUGUGGAACUUCCUGCCUUUUGGCAGACCUUCCAUACUCUUAGAAUCACGCAGACUAACGACCUGGGAUCCGAGACAACUUAUGCCCGCUUUAAAUUACACGAGCUAUUAAAACCGAACCCACCAGAGUCCGUGUCAGUGAAGGAACAAGAUGGUUUUCCAAAGAAGCUGGUCAUCUCAUGGAACAUACCCUCUUCUUGGCCAGUGGGGGAUGCUUUCCCACUAAUGUUUCACGUUCGAUACAGGCCACAUGGGUCCAUGUACUGGUCAGAGAUUUACUCUUCCGAUAGUGAAGUUGUUGUACUGGAUGCCCUCGCCGGCCACGUCCACCAGGUUCAGGUUCGAGCCCGUGACGAUGUGAACUCAGAAAGCCAGUGGAGUGAAUGGACACCCAUGUUUUUCGGCAGGCCCUGGGCAGCCUACACCACCCCUGACCCUGUAGAAGAUCCAGAUGAUUUUUACACCUUCAAUACAACGCCUGAAACCCCCACUGAAAACCCUCGUGACUCUACAAGUGACGAUGAAGGUAAUGUGGGUUUGAUGAUCCUCCUGGUUUCGUUCUCCGUGGUCAUCCUUACCACCGUCCUUUCCCUCAUCUUUAUUGUGUGGUUGAGGCAGAGGCGGCGUGAUCAUGCCACCAUACAAGAACGCGCCUCUGGUCAAGAUGAAGUCCAUGCCAAUCUAAUGUGAGCGUGCGUUUACAUACAUGUUCAUUUAAGGCAUCUACCUGUCAGCUCAUUCUUGGGCUCCACCAACGAGUCAGCCUCUACUGUUUACCACUGCAACAUGCUGACCGUCCACUUUUCAACUACAUUAACCACAAUGCAUCAGAGUCCAUCGUGGACAACAGGGACAAAAACAAACAUGGAAGCAACGUGGCUAGGACUCGGACAGUUCACGUGCUUUCGACAGCUGAUUGAAAGGUAAGCUUAGCAAGAUUCCCCUGGACAAGAUCAGUGGUCACGCCAAGGCGCAUUUCCCAUAAUGCAUCAGCAGAGACAACAGACUCUGUUCACUUCAGCAGUGUUCACUCCUCAUCGGACUGUAGGAGCAACAUAAGAGCAGCACCAGGACAUUUGAGUUGACUCAGAACCAGUGCUGCUUCAUGUGUGAUCGAGUCCUCGACCCCUUCAGUGACGGACGACUUUUUGAAUUUCUUAGCGACCGGAGGAGCAGCUGUCAAUCAGGAGAACAUAGGCUGUUUUCUGGGACAACUCCCCUCUCUUCUCCCACACAGAACUCAUCACGUUCUAUAAUAUUAAUUUUUUGAGAUUCAUCGUGAGAAGGAACAGAUUAAUGCACGUCCAUUAUUACACUGACUGACCAACCGACUCAAUGCUGUGAAGGAAGCAGAAGUUCUACCGGUCUGUGUGUGUGCGUGUGUGUGCGUGUGUGUGUUUGUCUGAUGCCAAAGCAGCAACUACGGGCAUUAAGGUCUCCACGGGGGAGCGGGAAGCAUCCUGAUACCUGCUCCUGGCCUGAGGGAGAAGAUGGACAUGGAGGACUGGUGCCAGGGGAGGGGAGAGUGGAGGGGGUGGGGGUGGGCAGAUUGGGUUCUAUAGACUUUAUGACACUUAUGGCAGAUGAUUUUGUUUGCAUGAUGUUCCUUUCAUGUUAUGUCUAGCAUCUUAGGUGGUCUUUUUUCCUUUUGUUGUAGCUCUUUUAUUCAUCCAUCUAUUAUAAUAUCCAAUAUGUAAAAGAGGGAGAGCUACUGGCCUUUCACAUGUCACCAGCAUUAUAACAUUACAUAGACAUUUAGUUAGAUAUCCAGCUGACCUGUUGAGACUCCAACCAACUCUAAAAAAACACUGGCUACGUUUACGUGGUCAAUAUUUCUUCAGGACUUUAUUACCAAUUAUUCUGAUUAGACAUUCCAGCUUAAGGGUUUUACAUGGACACUAAAGAUAAGAUUUAUGUGUUUCCACAGCCCAAAGCAUUCAUUGUUAUGGUAAAUCUGCCAGAAAUGGAUAUAGAGGUACAUAAAUAAAACAGAAUAAGAACAAUGGAUUCAUUAAACAGGAAACAAUGCCCAGCAGAGUUGACAUGGUUUAAUAUUUUCCAUUGAAUAGAGCAUCAAAGGUUUGCACCACUUCACAGUAUCAGCAAAACUUCCUUCUGAACAAGUGUCCAUGUAAACAUCAAGUUAAAUUAAGUCUGAUUUCAACAGUUGGUCCUUAAAACAAGAGCAUUUUAAAAAGAAAACAUGGACAGAUCCUCCAGUCUUUUGUCAGUGCCCAAUACGAUGUGUUCAGAUUAAAUAUUAAAAUGAUGGUCCAUCCACUAAUAAACUGUUAGUUCAGUAAAAGAGUUAAAGAUGAGGCAUGGCUAUAGGAUGUAGUGUAUAGAAAAUGUUUACCUGUGUUAUUGAUUUGUUUAAGUUCUGUGUAUUUAAAUUGAACAGUUACAGAGUAAUGUUACUCAUUAAUUGGAAGAUUCAGCUGCAGACGUAAAGGUAGAGAUGCUCUAUAAAAACGUAUGAGGGGGGAAAAGGUAGCUAAAAGCUUCCACGCACUUUGUUUUCCAUUAAAGUCAUUUUCACAAAUAACCAUGGUGCUGGAUAGAAAUCUACUGGGAAACAGAUGAAUCAGAUGAGCAGUAGGAUGUUACUUCACUUACUACUCCAGCACCGGUUCUGUUACUUUGCACCAAACUGCAGCACAAACGUACGUCGAUUUAAAAAGGAAACAAAAAAGAAUGCGCAAAGUUCUGCAUCCAGUAGACUGGUAAGGUCAGUGGGAGCUUUUCUAGUACAACUCACAUCUAUGUUUGACGUGGGGUUCUUUGCACCACAGUAAAAAUGCACCAGUACACUACAGUAAAUUCGAAUUAAUGCCGAGAUGGUUCCAGUGCAGAACGCUGUAUGUAUCUUAUGUUUUGAUGGAAACAGUAAAGUGUAGGAGGAUGAGAACUGUCGGCCAUCAGCACAAAUCAACCGUAGUAACAGAAGCUCUGGACACAGUGAUUGUAGCGGCCUCCUGCCAGAGCAUCAUGUUGAUGGUGGGUGUGUUAAUGUGACGAGCACGUAUGUGACUAAUGGAGAAGAGCGACUCUGGCUGACUCUACAUGUGUCUCUCAGGCCACUGACUCAUAGACAACUUUAGAUGUGUGUGACCAGCACUUACAGUAGGAAAUACCUCUAGAACACGAUACCUGGUUUAGUUCUGCCUUUCACACCUGCACCUACGGUCCUUGUGUCCUGGCUAACUGUCUUGCUCACUUGACUUUUCUUUUUCUUUCCUUUUUUCUUGCUUUCUUUCCUUCUUUUUCUUUCUUUCUUUCUUUCUUGCUGUGUAGUCUGAUCGACUGAAACACAAGGUGCAUUCAAGUCAAACCUUUUCCCAGUUUGACGACUGUAUGUCCUCUCAAGCUAGCUCCACAUAUUAUGCAUGGAUCCAGUUGAAGCUUUUUUUUUUUUUUUUUUGUAUAUUACUGUAUAUCACACUUAAAAAAAAUACUUAUGUUAUACAUGGUGUUUAUAUGUAGAGAGAAAACAUAUUCUUGGUGGUCGUUUCUCCGACAUGGUUUAGCUCAGUCUCCGUUCCAUACAUUUAUAGAAUCACAAACGCAUUACUAAUAUCAACAGUGGACAAAUGAUAUAAAUAGGAUUUUAAAAGCUUGUCAGAUGCUGUAAGAUUGAGUAAAUUGGAAGACAACAUGUUCUCUCUGAACACUACCAUAGUGACUGAGGAUAAUCCAUGUCUGGAGAGCUUUCCCGGCGUUGUGUAUUUGUGUCUUUCUCCCCAGUUAUAUGAAGCUGCGAUGCUGUACGGUUACUGUACAGACAAUGUGUUUACUGAAUUACUCUUCGUCUAGGUUGCUUUGCUUCGCCGUUCCAUGUUUCAUGUUUCUUUACAGAAAGUCAGAAGAUCCAUUAAUUAAUUGUUCAUUUUCAGGCCUUAUUCACUUUAGUUUUUUGUUUGCUCAGAUCAGUAUUUGGCAUCAUUGGUAUCAUUGCUUUUAAAGCUUGUCAGACCCUUCUUUAUGUCCAUAUGAAAUACUUAGUUCAUGAUUUCCAGUCCAGUUGAAGAGACUUUAAACAGAUAUAGAAUCCACUUUGAUUCUGAAUAUGUUGUUUUAAACAGCUCAACUAUACAAAUAUAGAAAUGCCCAGAGUGCUAUAACAGAGUUAACAGGUAACAAAGUUCUUAUUUUUCUAAUUAAAAAGCAAGUCAAAAGUCACAAUUCCUUGUUUGUUCCUCUUAAAACUAUUUUUAGGAUACAUUUCCCAGAGACACUUGGAUAAAUUUUCUAACUCAUCCAUCUGACUGAAUUGUAUGUGCACACUGCAUUCAUCCUGGUUUCUGUCUGUUUCUCUCAUGUGGUGUUUUCUCUGUUUCUCCGGACAAAUUUCACUCUCUUUGUUCCUCUGCAAUAUGUGAUAGCAGAUGGGGCCUGUUGGUUUCUUCUAACUCAAAUUACACUCAGGCAUCCAUUCUCAGAUGUACAUAGUCUUGAUGUUUUGUUUUCGUUUUUGCUUUAUGUGUACGACAGAUAUCACCAUAAGCUGUUUUAUUUUUCUUCCUGUCCUGGUAUGUUUCUGUGAAAUAAAUACUAUUUUAUCACA